AUGGAGGGCCUCAAAGCGCUCUUCGUCAAGCCCGACCCCAAUGCUCAACUACGAAAGUGCAAUGCCCUCAUACGCGGCAACAUCCGCAAGCUCGACCGCGACAUCAACGCGGUCAAGCAGGUCGAGAUCAAGACCAAGAACCUGAUCAUCGCCGCCGAUAAGCGCGCCCAGCGCGGCACCAACAACCAGUCACGCCAGCAGGCCGCCCGCGAAGCCCGCGACUUCGCCAAAGAGCUCAUCCGCGCCCGCAAGGCCUCCAACCGCCUCGUCACCUCCAAGGCCCAGCUCAACAGCGUGCAGAUGCAAGUCAACGAGGCCUUUGCCGUCCGCAAGAUCGAGGGCAGCAUCCGCGCCUCGGUCGGCAUCAUGAAGAACGUCAACUCCCUCAUCCGCCUGCCCGAGCUCGCCGGCACCAUGCGCGACCUGAGCGUCGAGCUCAUGAAGGCCGGCGUCAUCGAGGAGAUGGUCGACGAGACCCUGCCCCAGGAGGACAUGUUCGAGGACGAGGAGCUCGAGGCCGACGGCGAGGUCGACAAGGUCCUGGGCGAGAUACUCAAGGGCCGCAUGGAGAAGACGGGCACCCUGCCCUCCGCCCCCAUCGCCCAGGAGCCGGCGCCGGCUGUCGAGGAGGAGGAGGAGGACAACGAGGCCAUGAUGGAUCAGAUGAGGAACAGACUCGAGGCUCUCAGGAGCUAA